AUGGGCGCCCCGAGCGCCGCCUGGGCCACGCUGAGCCUCCUCGGCGCUGCGCUGGCCGCCGCCACCGCCGCCUCCUCCUCAGGUGCCUGCGUCUACCACGGCCUCUUAUUUGAGAAUAACACGGUGUGGAAGCCGGAUUCCUGCCAGGGCUGCCGCUGCCGGAGCAGUGUUGUCACCUGUGAGCCCACGGUGUGCAAACCCCCUCAGUGUGACUUCCAGAAGGGAGAAGUGCUCCAAAUAGCCUCCAACAAGUGCUGCCCCGGGUGUGCCUCCCGAGCCGAAGGAUUUUGCCAGCACGAAGGACAGAUCCACAGCCAUGGCACGCAGUGGGCCAGCUCAGGAUGUGUCCAGUGCUCCUGUGCCCACGGGAAGGUGAGCUGCACCCCCAGGACCUGUCCAACCCUCACCUGUGGACCAGGGGAGCUGCAGGACACACCCCCUGGGUCCUGCUGUCCCAGAUGCGUGGGCAGUGGCGAGCCUUGUUCCUUUGAUGGCCGCGUGUUCCAGGACGGGGAGGGCUGGCGCCUGGGCCGCUGCUCCAGAUGUGUCUGUAGGGAUGGCACGACUCAGUGCUCCACAGCUGCCUGCCAGCCCCUGCUGUGCAGCCAGGAUGAAGUUGUGGUUCUGUCUCCUGGAAAGUGCUGCCCAGAAUGUGCUCCAAAGCCCUGCUCCGUGUCGGGAAGAGCAUUCCAGCACGGCGAACAGUGGAAAAAAAACACCUGCACUGCGUGUACCUGUCACGGAGGGGAAGUGAGAUGUGUCAGGGAGACCUGUGGCCCUGUCACCUGCGAGGAGGGGGAGAGCAGAGUGCGGCGUCCCGGGAAGUGCUGCGAGGAGUGCGUGUCCUCCAAGGGCAGCUGCUUGGACGGUGGCACCCUCAGGUACCACGGGGACACGUGGAACAGCAGCCGCUGCCACUUCUGCGCGUGCCAGGACGGGCGGGUCACCUGCCGGGGAGCAGAGUGUGCCAAGGUGGAGUGUGCCAAGGGUGAAGAACUAAUUCACUUCGAUGGGAAGUGCUGUCCUGAAUGUAUCUCCAGUCAGAGUUACUGUGUUUACAAAGAACAUACCAAAGCUAACGGAGAGAUGUGGGAAGAAGGGCGGUGCAGGGAAUGCGAAUGCCGGGAAGGGGAGGUGACCUGCUUCCAGCGCUCCUGCCCGCCCUGCCCGCCGGGCAGCCUGGCUGUGGAGGUGAAGGGGGACUGCUGCCCACGCUGCCAGCCAGGUGGGUGCCACCCGGACUGCGUGACCUGCUCCCGGGCCCCCGAUCACUGCGACGCCUGCCAGGACUCGAGGAAGCGGCUGCAGGGCGGGCGCUGUGUGGAGACGUGUGAGCCGGGCUUCUACCAGCACGGGGGGACCUGCUUAGCCUGCAAUGAAACCUGCUCAGCCUGUACCAAUGGAUUUGAGUGCUCCUCGUGCCGGACAUCCCUGCUGAUGAAGAAUGGGCAGUGUGUGCCUUCCUGUGGGAAGGGAUACUUCCAGGAUCAGCUCCUCUGCACAGCUUGUCACGAGUCCUGUUCCUCGUGCUGGGGGGCUGCUGAGAGCAACUGCCUGUCCUGCAAAGACACAUCUCACGUGCUGAAAGCAGGGCUCUGCCUGGCCAGCUGUGGCCAGGGGUUUUACCCAAAGGAGGGAAUCUGCACCGCUUGUGACCACUUCUGUGAAAAGUGCUCCUCAGACCUAGGCAGGUGUGUGGCCUGUGCUGCAGGGAAGCUGCUGCAUGACGGGAAGUGCCUUUUGGAAUGCCCAGAUGGAUAUUUCCCAGGCAGCACCGGAAGAUGCAGAGUUUGUCACGCUUCAUGCUCCACGUGCGAGGGACCUCUGGCUACUCACUGCACCUCCUGUUCCUUCCCUCUGGCAUUACACCAGGGCCAGUGCCUGCAGGGCUGUGGAGAGGGUUUUUACCAGGAUCACAACGUCUGCAAGGCUUGCCACCCUUCCUGCCGUUCCUGCUCCGGCGCCGGGGCCGCUCUCUGCCUGCAGUGCCGGGCGCCCGAGGACGUCCUGCAGCCUCACGUGCCCAGGGAAGGAGCUCUGCACGGCCUCUGCCUCUCCCACUGCCAAGCCCGCUUCCAUGUGGAUAGCACAGGAGUCUGCAGAGAGUGCCACUCCUCCUGUGCAGGCUGUGUGGGGAAUUCUGCCCAGGACUGCACAGCUUGUGUGGCUCCCCAGGUGCUGCUGGAAGGCAGGUGCCUCCCGGAGUGCCCCGAGGGGCUGUUGAGCCUCGGGGGCCGCUGCUCCGCCUGUCACCCCUCCUGCAAGACGUGCCAUGGCCCUUCUGAUGGGGAGUGUUUAACCUGCCAUCCCCACGCCACUCUGGCUCGUGGGAAGUGCAGGACCAGCUGCAAGGAAGAGCAGUACCUCAACCUGGUGGGAUACUGUGUGGACUGCCACCCUCUGUGCCAGCAGUGCGUGGCCGACCUGCGGGACACGGGCAGCGUCUGCCUGAAGUGCCAGAGCUCCCGUCACUUGCUCCUGGGGGAUCGCUGCGUUCCCGACUGUCCGGCGGGACACUACGCCCAGGGCGGUGCCUGCAAACGGUGUCACCCCUCCUGUAAAACCUGCACUGCAGAGGGUCCUUUUGCCUGUUCUUCCUGCAACUCCAGCCUGGUCCUGUCCCACACGGGCACGUGUGCGCCGGGCUGUUCCCCGGGAUACUUCAGGGAUGACAGGCACACCUGCACACCCUGCAGCAACCAGUGCUGGAGCUGUGACUCGGCUGCCAGCUGCACUUCAUGCAGAGAUCCUGCCAAAGUCCUGCUGUUUGGAGAGUGCCAGUAUGAGAGCUGUGCUCAGCAGUAUUACCUGGAUUUUUCCAGCAAGACUUGCAGAGAGUGUGACUGGAGCUGUAAUGCCUGUAAAGGUCCCCAGAGGACCGACUGCCUGCAGUGCGUGGAGGGCCACGUCCUCCAUGAAGGAGCUUGUGUGGAACAGUGCCCUGCAGCUUUCUACCGGGAAUCAGACACGUGCCAGAGGUGUGACCAGCCCUGCCUUCAGUGUCACCGAGCAGCAGAUGAGUGCAGCCUCUGCCAAGCCCCAUUCUUCCUCUUGGACACUCGUUGUGUUCCCAAGUGUGGGGAGAGAUAUUAUGCAGACCACACAAAGCAGAAGUGCACAGCUUGUCCUCCUGGGUGCCUGGAGUGUGACAGUGACAGCCUGUGCCACCUCUGCGACAGCACCACGUUUCUGAAGAAUCACGUUUGUGUUUCUGCCUGUGGCCAGGGUUUCUAUGGCAAUACACGGACCAGAGAGUGUGAAGAAGCCAGGGAACAUCCCUGGAGCUCCCGUGCGAGCGGCACCCUCACCGUCGGCAUCGGCGGGGUGACAGCCCUGGACCUGUCGCUGCUGGGUGUGUGUGAUCCAGGCGGUGGCACGGGCCAGCUCCUGUUCCACCUGGACAGCAUUCCCUCCAACGGCAGGCUGCUGAUGGUGGUGGCCGGGCAGGAGGUGCUGCUGAGCCAAGGAGACCACUUCAGCUGCAGGGAUGUGCAGGAGAGGAGGGUCCGCUUCGUGCACAGCAAAGACAGACCCAGGAAAGGAAAGUUUUCCUUGAAGGUCAGCGAUCAACAAUCCUUCUCCCUCCCUGAGGUGAUCAACAUUCAAGCAUUUUCAACAGAGGCCCCGUCCGUGGUCAGAAACGAGCCCCUGCUCGUCGGCAGAGGGGAAAGCGGGACGAUAACAGAGCAGUUGCUUGGUGUGAGGGACAGUGACAAUCCUCAGGACGUCGUGCUGAUGGUUGUGGAGCCUCCACGCCACGGGCAGCUGCUCAGGGCUCCCGGGGACUCGGCACCUUCCGUCCACACGUUCCACCCGGAUGACCUCGUGGGGGGCCGGCUGCGUUACGCCCACGAUGGCUCUGCCACCCGGGACGAUGCUGUUCUCCUGCAGGUGAACGAUGGGUUCCACUUCCAGAACAUCCUGUUCUACGUCAGGAUUGCUCCCGAGGGUGACAGGAGCCCUUGGCUGGUGACAAAUUCCCUGGUGUGGGUGCCCCAGGGAGGCAUGCUCCAGAUCUCCAAGACAAUCCUGCACGCCGAGCUACCCGGUGCCCGGGACUCCGAGAUCACCUACACCAUCACCAAGGACCAGCCCAGGCAUGGGGAAGUGGUGCUCCUGAUCCCGAUGCCGGCAGACGGCCCCGCAGACUCGUGGCAGCUUUUGCCUGAUGGAAGAGCAGCCUCCCCCACGACCUCCUUCACCCAGCAGGACAUCAACGAUGGCAUUGUGUGGUACAGGCACUCUGGAGCUGAAGUAGAGAGCGACUCCUUCCAAUUCCAGGUGUCCAGCUCUGCCAGUCCACAAACCACCUUGGAAAGCCACGUGUUCAAUGUUGCUGUUCUGCCCCAGACACCCAGAGCACCUCAGCUUUCCCUGGGCUCCUCUUUGCACAUGGCUGUGCUGGAGGACCGUGUGACAGUGAUUGAGCCCCAUCACCUCUCCUUUGUAGACCCAGAGGUUCCCAGUGAGAAAAUCCUGUUCAACGUGACUGUCCCUCUUCUUCCUGGCCAAGGUAUCGUGGAGCACAGGGACAGGCCUCUGUCCCCUGUCAGGUAUUUCACCCAGGCAGACAUAAACCACGGCAAGAUUGCCUAUCGCCCGCCGACCGCAGCUCCUCACCUCAGGGAGAUCAUCGCCUUCUCCUUCGCAGGUCUCCCAGAGUCCGUGAACUUCCGAUUCACAGUGUCUGGUGGAGAACACACAACCCCAGAGAUGGUGUUUGUCAUUCACCUGCUCUCUGCGGAGCAGCAGCCUCCGGUCUUCCAGAUCGCGGCGCCGUUCCUGGAGGUCAGCCAGGGGGGCAGAACCGCCAUCGGGAUCCAGUUGGCUGUGAGCGACACGGAUACAGCUCCCGAGGGUCUUUUCUUUGAGCUGGUGAAGCCUCCCCAUCAUGGCAUUGUGCUCAAGUACAGUGCAGGAGUGCAGGAGCUCAUGAGAGCGGGCGACGCCUUCACCUACGAGGACGUCACUCGGAACGCGCUGCAGUACGUGCACGAUGGCUCAGCAGCAGCAGAGGACAGCAUGGAAAUCUCCGUCACCGACGGUGUCACCACUGUCACCACGGUGCUGAGGGUGGAAGUGUCCCUGCUGGACACCAACGGCCCGCAGCUGGUCCCAGGCUGCUUGCUGGCCGUCACCGUGGCCAGUAAAAGCUCCGUGACUCUCUCUCGGCUGCACCUCGCUUACACUGACAACAGUUCUCCUGACUCAGAGAUAAGAAUCCAGUUGAUAUCUCUGCCUGCAUAUGGAACCCUCUUACAGAUGUCGGGCUCCCACAAUGAAGAGCUUUCCAAGGUUUAUAAUUUCACCAUGGAAGACAUCAACAGCCAGAGGAUCAGCUACUCCACCACGUUUGAGACCAGCAAUCAGCCCGUUACGGACAUCUUCCACUUCGCUGUUCUUGAUGCUGAUGACAACCGGCUGGACAGGCAGAUGUUCACCAUCACUAUCACACCUGCCCACACCCUGCCUUCACUCAUUGCUUUUGCUGACCACAUCACUGUGGAUGAGGGGGGCAGGAUCCCACUGCUGGCUGGUCACCAUUUAACUGCUGGUUAUGAUACUGCUGCCAAGGAAGACCUGAGGGUCACGGUUGUCACUCUGCCUAUGUAUGGCUACAUCCAAAACACCAAGACAGGUGAGAGUUUUGGCCCACAGAGUGAGUCUGCUGGCACCACAGACGCAUCCUUUUCCCUUCAAGAUGUUCUGGAGAACAGCAUUUACUACUUCCAGAGUGUCCAUGAAAGCAUUGAGCCCACGAGUGAUGUUUUCAGCUUUUAUGUGAGCGAUGGCUUCAGCCAGUCUGAGGUGCAGAGCAUCAACAUCACGAUCCAGAGACAGAACGAUGAGCCCCCCAAGAUGGUGCUGGAGCCUGUCCGGGUGCAGGGGAGCUCAGGAGUGGUUGUCACCAAUGCCUCCCUCAACCUGCAGGACUUGGACACCCAGAACAGUGAGCUGGUCAUCGUGGUGAACCAAAGUCCUGAGCAUGGUCACCUCCGCAGGAGACAGAGCCCGGCGGAGCCCCCGGAGCGUGGGCAUGUGCUGUCCAGGGGCUCUUCCUUCACCUACCAGGACAUUCUGGAUGAGCUGAUCAUUUAUACCCAGAGCGGUGCAGCAGCACAGACAGAUGAGUUUGGCUUCUCCGUCACGGAUGGGCUCUACACACAGGCAGGGAGGCUGGAAUUCUCCAUGGAGCUGCCCAAGAAGCAGCCACCCACGUUAGCUGUCAACAGGGACCUGCAGCUCCCAGCUGGCUCUGCAGCUCCACUCACAGCUCAGCACUUGAAGGCAGCAGCUGGUUAUUCAGGGGACUCGACACUUAGAUUUGUCCUGAGGAGGGAUCCCAGCAGGGGCCGUCUGCAGCUGAGCAAAGCUGAUAACCCAGUCCAGAUCUCUGCCAAAGGACCUGUCAAAAGUUUCACCCAGGCUGAUAUAAACAAAGGGCAAGUGGUUUACGGCCACAAGAAAGGGGAUCCCGGCGGAAAUUUCCCCUUUACCUUCGAUGUGAUCGAUGCAGACGGCAACAAACUGACAGACCAGGUUUUCCAUAUCCAUGUAUUAGAGGACAGAUUUCCCCCCUCCAUCGUCACUAACAAAGGGCUGGUGUUGGAUGAGAACUCAGCGAAGACAAUCACAACCCUCCAGCUCUCGGCCACUGACCAGGACAGUGAACCCACCCAGCUCCAGUACAAGGUCACCCGACAGCCACAGCUGGGGCACCUGGAGCACGUGGCUUCCCCAGGGGUGAGAAUUAAUUCCUUCAGCCAGGCAGACUUGGCCUCUCGCAGCAUCCAGUACGUCCACACCAGUGACAUGGAAAAGCACAUGGAUGCCUUCACCUUUUCUGUGUCUGAUGGGAUGAAUGAGGUGAGCCAGACAUUUGACAUCACCAUAAACCCUGUGGAUGACUCCUUACCCAUAGUGCAAAGCCUUGGGAUGACAGUUCAGGAAGGGGUGAGAAAAACCAUCACCGAGUUUGAGCUUAAAGCAACAGAUGCUGACACAGAGGUCGAGUCGGUCACGUUCACAGUGGUGCAGCCGCCCCGGCACGGCCUGAUCGAGCGCAGCAGCGACAGCGGCCAGCGCCACCAGCAGGCCACCACCUUCACCAUGGGGGACAUCUACCAGAACCGCGUCAGCUACAGCCACGACGGCAGCAACUCCCUCAGGGACCGCUUCACCUUCACCGUGUCCGACGGCACCAACCCCUUCUUCCUCGUGGAGGACGGGGGGAAGAGGGUCGUGACAGCAGCACCACAGCACUUCCUAGUGGACAUUCUCCCUGUGGAUGACGGGACACCCAGGGUUGUCACCAACCUGGGUUUGCAGUGGCUGGAGCACGUGGAUGGCAAGGCAACCAACUUCAUCACUAAGAAGGAAUUACUGGCGACAGAUCCUGACACAGAUGACAGACAGCUGAUCUACGAGAUAACAGCUGGUCCCAGAAAUGGUCAUGUGGAGCACAAGCUGAAACCAGGGAUGGCUGUGACCACUUUCACACAGGAGGAUGUGAACCAGGGCCUCGUUCGGUAUGUGAUGGAUGAGGAGAAGGCUCAGGAGACCACGGACAGCUUUCAGUUCCUAGUGAAGGACAGCAAACCCAACGUGGUCAGUGGCAAUGUCUUCCACGUCCAGUGGUCUCUCCUCAGCUUUACACACACCAGCUACAAGGUCAGAGAGAGUUCCGGCUCCGUGAGUGUCACCGUGAGGCGGGUCGGGAACCUCAACCAGUACGCCAUCGUCCUGUGCCGCACCGAGCAGGGAACGGCCACCGCCGGCUCCGGAUCACAGCCGGGACAGCAGGACUACGUGGAGUACACGGGGCAGGUGCAGUUUGAGGAGCGGGAGGACACCAAGGCCUGCACCAUCGUUAUCAAUGAUGAUGACGUCUUUGAGGGCACGGAGAGCUUUUCCGUGGAGCUCAGCAUGCCGGCCUAUGCUCUGCUGGGGAACGUCACCCGGGCCACCAUCACCAUCGCUGACCCCGAGGACGAGCCCACACUGCAGUUCGACAGGAGGACUUUCCAUGUCAGCGAGAGCGCUGGGUUCCUCUCGGCUCCUGUUGAAAGGAAAGGGGAUACCAGCAGCACCGUGUCUGCCAUCUGCUACACCGUCCCCAAAUCCGCCACGGGAAGCAGCCUUUAUAUGCUGGAAUCUGGCUCCGAUUUCAAGUCCCGGGGGAUGGCAGAUGAGAACCGGAUUGUUUUCGGGCCGGGUGUGACCGCGGUGACCUGUGACGUGAUGCUGAUCGAUGACAGUGAAUACGAAGAGGAAGAGGAGUUUGAGAUCAUACUGGCCGAUGCCUCGGACAACGCCCGCGUCGGCAGCCGGGCUUCAGCCACCGUCUUCAUUGCUGGUCCCAACGAUGCCUCCACAGUGUUCCUGGGCAAUGCCACCUUCACCGUCAGCGAGGCUGCAGGUGAAGGGUAG